AUGGCUGAAAUAGUUGUUAGCGCUGUCAUCACAGUGCUGUGUGAGAAGCUGAUCUCCGGUGACUUGAUGAAGCUCGCUCGAUCAGAAAGGAUCGAUUCUCAGCUGAACAACUGGAAUAAAAACCUGCCCCUGAUCCAAGCCGUGCUUGCUGAUGCAACCCAGAAGCAGAUUAAAGAGAGAGCUGUUCAAUUGUGGGUGAACGAUCUCCAGGAUUUGGCUUAUGACAUAGAUGAUGUACUCGAUGAUUUGGCCACCGAGGUUAUGCGACGCAAGUUGAAUCAAGAAGCUCAUGCCACCACCAGCAUCGGUAAGGUAUUGAAGUUCUUCCCAAAUUGCUGUACUAAAUUCACUCCUCGUAACAUUAUGUAUGGUCGGAAGAUGAGUUCAAAGCUAGAUGAGAUCACCACCAAAUUGCGUGGUCUUGUUGACCAUAAAAAUGACCUGGGUUUGAAUGUGACUAAGGAAAGGUCAACUCUAGAGAGACGGCUUGAGGAAAAUUCACUGGUUGAUGAGUCCAAAAUCAUGGGUCGGGAAGGGGAUAAAGUGACAUUACUGGGUAAGUUGUUAGGUUGUGAUGAAUGUGAUGAAAAUGUGAGCGUAGUGUCGAUAGUUGGAAUGGGUGGGAUAGGAAAAACCACUCUUGCCAAAGUUUUAUACAACGAUGAGAAAGUGAAGGAUCACUUUGAGCUCAGUGCUUGGGUUUGUGUUUCUGAAGAGUUGGAUGUAUUUAACAUUAGCAAGGCUAUUUUUCAAGCAGUAACUGGGAAAAACGAAGAUUUUGCUAAUCUUAAUCUGCUUCAUGUGGCCCUCAAAGAAAAACUUUCAAAGAAGAGGUUCCUACUUGUUCUAGACGAUGUCUGGAACGAAGACGACAAUAAGUGGGAACUCCUCCAAAGCCCUCUUCUUGUAGGAGCACCUGGAAGUAGAAUUAUUGUCACAACCCGGAGUACCAGAGUUGCAUCAGUGAUGGACUCACAAGAAACUUACCCUCUAGGCGUUUUGUCAAAUGAAGAUGCACUGUCAUUAUUUGCUCAGCACUCGUUAGGAGAAAAAAACUUUGACAAUCAUCCAACACUUCAGUUGCUUGGUGAAGGUAUGGUUCAGAAAUGUGGUAGAUUGCCUUUGGCUUUGAAAGCACUUGGGAGGGCCUUGAAGGGAAAUAGGAAUGAUGAUGAAUGGGAGAAGUUGCUGAAGAGUGAGAUAUGGGAUAUAGAGGAUGGAAAUAAGAAGAUUCUUCCGGCUCUUAGAAUAAGCUACUAUCAUCUGCCUCCACAUUUGAAGCAGUUAUUUGCAUACUGCUCCUUAAUUCCCAAGGACUAUGUGUUUGACAAGAAUAAAUUAGUCCUAUUGUGGGUGGCAGAAGGAUUUUUGUCCCAAUCAAAAGGAAACAAGUCAAUGGAGUGUUUAGGUCAUGAGUAUUUUGAAGAGCUAGAGUCAAGGUCCUUUUUUCAACAUUCAACGGAUGGCAAGUUAGGAUAUACAAUGCAUGACCUGAUAAAUGACUUGGCCACAAGUGUUGCAGGAGAGUUUUCCUUUAGAUUGGAUGGUGAGGUUGAUGUAUCUGCCAUGAAUGAAACUUUUGAUAAGUUUCUUCACUUCUCACUCAUAGGUUCAGGAUCUAGAUCAUUUAGAAAGCUCAAGGAAUUACAAAGAGCUAAACGUUUGCGAACUGUCUUACUAAUCUCAGUACCUUGGGAAAUUGGUAGCUUGUUGGACGAAUUACUUCCUGAACUACAGUUCCUGAGGGUGCUAAGUGCCGUGGGCUUGACUCCGAGUGUUAAUUACCUAUGGCAAGAACUUAUUCUUUCAAUCACAGUGGUACCACAAUCCAUUGGUAGUCUCAAGCAUCUACGGUAUCUUAAUUUUUCUCAUUCUAAUAUUACAUGUUUGCCGGAACAAGUGAGUCACCUUUAUAAUCUACAGACCAUGUUGCUUCAUAAUUGUCAUCAGUUAUCUAGCUUGCCAAAGAGUUUUGCAAAGUUAAUAAACCUUCGACAUUUUGGAAUAGAUAAUACUCCACAGGUGAUCAAGUUGCCCUUAGGAAUUGGUGAUUUGACGAGUCUACAAACUCUAUCCAAGGUCAUGAUUGAAGAAGCCAACGGGUUGAAAAUAUCAGAUCUUAAGGAACUAUCGGAUCUUCAAGGUCGACUUUCCAUUAUUGGUCUGGACAAAGUGAUAAAUCCAUUAGAAGCAAAGGAUGCCAAUUUACAUCAAAAGAAGGGUCUUGAAGUUUUGGAGAUGGAAUGGAGUGAUAAUUUGUUUGAUGAUUCUCAGGAUGAGACGAUUGACUAUGAAGUACUUGAAGAACUAAGGCCUCCUCCUAAGUUAAAAAUCCUCAAGAUUUUGAAUAACAAGGGAACGAGAUUUCCUAGUUGGAUCGGCGAUCCCUCGUUUUUGAUCAGUUAA